UUCUCUCCAUCAGUUUCUUCCUCCUUUGAGCUCAAUAUCUGUAUUGUUCAAUCAAAAUUGUAAACAUAUGAUCCAAGAAGAAGGAAAGCAAAAGAUUGAAGAUAAGAAAGAGACCUUCCAUAGACCAACUUCGAGUCCAUAUUUCUUGGCAAUGACUCGUUCGAAGUUCUCACUCAACCGACCUCGCGCAUGACGGUUUUUUCUUAGCAUGUCAAGCUUGUAGAUCCGGCCGCUGUUACCUAUGCCAUGGCGUGAAGCAUUUUCCUGCGCUUUGUCUCGAACUUGACAAGUUCUCGCGGAGGAAUGAAAGAUUGGUCCGGCCAUUCCUUCGGGUGUUACAAUGUGUAAGAUGAUGAUGACACAUUUAAAUAUGACUAUCCAUGCAGUCAAGAGAUUGAAGAACAACUUUGUUUACAACGCUGAUGUUGAAUUGAUUGAACUUUUCAUUCUCAUCCACAUCCCCCCCCCCUUUCUUAUUCUUCGAUACCAUCGAAAGACGUCUUGAGAUCUCAUUCUUCCAUAGACGAUGCUUGCAACUAUGACAAUUCUAAGCGACAAUGGUCUUUAUUAUGUUGAGGGUUUGAUGUUUAUAUAACAUAUUGAGACUGUAGUUUCCUACUAAACAUCAUAACCAAAGGUUUCCUCUUAUGUUUGUAAAACAAAAUGAGAACCAUUGGUGUGUUUUUCUUUUUCUCAUAGCCACUGUUUUGGGAUGAUGAUUGACACAAAAAUUUGGUGGUCUGUUUUUAUUAUCCACAACUUUUGCACAUGUUUUUCGUAAUGCAGCCGUUGUCCUUGGCUUUAACAUGAUGUGUGUUUUAGUGUUGUAGGGGAGUUGUGCUUUGACCUUAAACAUAAACAACCCACUUCUCAAGUUGUUGGUGGUGCGUCAUUAUUAUGUUGAAUGAUGCAUAAAGGUAUUCAAAGAUUUAUGUGAAUUAUCAGAUUUAUGUUAUAGAGUUUAGACGUGAAUGAUGUAUAAAGGUAUUCAAAGAUUUAUGUGAGUACUCACAAGAUUUAUGUGAGUAUUCACUGAAUAACCAAAAGUUUCUUCUAAAUGAUAUUACGGUUUUCAUCAUCCAAAGAAAGUUAUUGGUAUGAAUAAAAGAGAUGUUGUGGUCUGAUCGCCCACUAUGCAUCUAUAUAAUUUUGGUGAAUUCACGUUUAAGUAUUCGAUAAUUGAUGCAUAUUCAUUAGAAUAAGUAUUGAACAUUUUGAGCAACAUAAUUCACAUCAAGCACACAAGUAAUCACUAGUUCUCUCGUAUUGGGUUAGAAACCAACCAUGUUCGUUUAAGAGUUUUGGAUGGGCAAUAUAUAUUUCAGUUGCUAUACACAGAGUUUAAUUGUGAUAUGUUUUUCAAAUGAGGUUAGGAAUAUACAUUGGAUACGAAUCUCUCUAUCGAUGUUUAAGAAUUAGAGCUAUCCUGAAGGAUAUAAGUAAGGAAAAGUGAAUUAGUAUUGUCAACUAAUAAGGUUUAUUUGUUCUUCAAGUUUACUUGAUUUCCAAGAUAUUGUAUAGCUAUAUCAUUAUUUGUGGAAUAAGACCUAUUGUUGUUUACUUGUUUGUCGCUAGGGAGGGAACAAAUGGCUUGGGAAACUGGUUGAGAAGAUGGUGAAGUUGGUUGCUGUGAUGAACGGAUUCAAACCGCAUGAAAUCGCGGUGAAAAUCUCCGGGGAGACGGGAGAGAUCCUUGAGAUACUUGAGGACAAAGAAGGGAAGACGAUGAAGUAUGUAAGUGAGGCUUAUGAGAGAGAAGAUGGAAAGAUAUGGUUUGGGUCUGUUUUUUGGCCAGCCGUUUGGGUUCUUGAUCGCAAGUAACUCUUGUUUUUUUUAACUCCGUUUUGUUGUUCGCAGUGAUGUGUUCUAUACAGUAUUGAUAAAUGUUUCUCGAGUGUAACGUUUGUUCUGUGUGCCAUUACUAGAGUAGUUGCAUCCCCUUUUACGUGUUUAUCUUUUCUCCUCUGUUUGCCAAGUAGCAUAAAGAGGCUUCUCAGAUGUUAGGAGAUAUAUACUAAGGCUUAGAAUGUGAAGUGGAUAUUAGACGGUUCUCAUGAGGAUCCACAACAAAAUCUCUUAUUUAGCAUAAUUAUUAAUUAGUAUGGUUCCAUUUAGUGGAGAUCAACGUGAAAGCAAGACAGUUCUUAUGAAGAAAGACUUGUAGAACAAAAUACUUUUAUUAUUUGGAGUGUUUUAAAUGCAACAACACUAAACAAAAAACAAGGUUUUUCCUAAUUAGCCAGAUCAUGUCGGAGUACUGGAAUGACAGGGAUAAGUACUGGGACAGCAAACAUAAGCAACAGAAAAAUCGACCGACCCAAAGAAACGUUAGUUUCCUUUUUCUCAGGAAAAGGUUGGUUAAUAUUUUCCCAAAGACAAAAAGGAAAAUAUACAAAGCUAUACAGGAAAAGGAAUAUGUAUGUGAUCGGCUGGCUAUAUAAGAAGAGUCCAUAGGUGAAUAACAAAGGAAACCCAUGGCGAAUAAUCCUAUAGCCCCACCACCUUCUGCGAAAAAAAGGAAGACGUCGUUGUCAUCAAUUCCAGAUGAUGUCAUUGUGAACGUCUUAGCUCGGAUCUCGAAAUCUCACUACCGUUCCCUCUGCUUAGUCUCCAAAAACUUCUACUCUCUUCUAUCUUCUCCAGAUAUCUACUUUGCUCGAUCCCUAAUCGGUACCACAGACGUUCACCUCUACGUGUGCCUACGGCUACCCACUCCCUCCCCCACCAGUCAUCAUCACAGAUGGUUCAAUCUCGGCUACCGUCAGGGUCAGUUAAGUUUAGUACCGGUAAGAACACUCUCUUCCUCGUCGUAUUCACCCGACCGGUUAAACUCAACCUCUGUCGCCGUCCAUUCCGAAAUCUACCAGAUAGGAGGAGGAAGCAACGAGGAGAAGCGGACCAGAGCCGUUAGAGUUCUUGAUUGUCGGAGUCGUACGUGGCGUCCUGCUCCCGACAUGAAGGUGGCAAGGAAACACGCUAGGUCUUAUUUUUUAGAUGACAAGAUAUAUGUAACAGGAGGAUGCACAAGAAGAGAGGAAAAUUGGGGUGAGGUUUUCGACAUAAAGACUCAGAAGUGGAAGCCAUUGCCUAAGCCUCCUAGUGAUCAUGAUCACAAAGGUGUAGUUUAUGGAGGAAGGCUAUACGCUUUCACCUCCAUCAACUACGCAUAUGAGCCGAAAGAAGAAAGAUGGGUACAAGAGGCGGGGUUUGUGGGUCUAGGACCUAUAACAGGACCUUUGUGCGUUAUAGGAAAUGAGAUUUUUGCUGAACAUGACCGUAAGUACACGUGGUAUAACCCAAGGAAUGUGAAUGGAAAGCAGCAGGUAAUAGAUGGUUUGAAUGAUGUGUACAAGAAACGUGCUAAUAAUUACAGAACGAUUCAAUUAGUUAACCAUGGUGGGAAACUGGUAAUUAUAUGGAAUGAGACUCGCAGGAAACGCAAGCGUCUUUGGUGUGCGGUGAUUAGCUUGGAGGAGCGUUCCACUCCAUUGGGAACUCGUAUGCGGGGGAAGGUCGAACGAUGCGAUCUUCUUUUAGAUUCAGUCCACAAGUCAUAUAUGUUCUCAAGCUGCCUAUCGGUUUUGGUCUGAAACUCAUAUGUUUGCUAUAUUUCUAAUAAGAUGACUUUGUCUUUACAUCAAAACAGGAAUCUUGCAUCAUAUUCCCUUUGUAAUAAAUCCAAUCCAAUGUAAAUAUAUGAUCUCUUCAAAGUAUGGAAACUAAAAUGGGUUGAUAUUAA